AUGAAUUCAGAUAAUUCUAAAUUAAUAAUCACCCCUUUAGGAGCUGGUAAUGAAGUUGGCAGAUCGUGCAUUUUGCUCUAAUUCUAAGAGAAAUAAAUUAUGUUUGAUUGCGGUAUUCACAUGAAUAAAGAAAACAAAGGUGUUAUGGCAUUACCCUAUUUUAAUAAAAUAGAUAAAAUCGAGGACAUAGAUUUAAUUCUCAUAACACACUUUCAUCUGGAUCAUUGUGGUGCUCUUCCUUAUUUUCUCAAGAAUUAUAAAUUUAAAGGGAAAAUAUAUAUGACUACUCCAACAAAGGAAAUUUAUGGUUUGGUUUUGAAAGAUUCCAUCAAAGUAAAGAGUGAAGAUUUUAGUCAAGACCUAAUAAAUGAAUAAAGCAUUGAAUAAUCAUUGAAAAAUAUUGAUUGUAUAGAUUAUGAUUAAGAAAUUCAUUACUAAGGAAUUAAAUUGAAAUGUUACAAUGCUGGACAUGUGUUAGGUGCUGCAAUGUUUAUGGUUGAAAUUGAUGGUGUUAGAGUUCUAUAUACUGGAGAUUAUAGCACAGAAAAAGAGAGACAUUUAAGACCAGCCUAAUUGCCACUUGAAAAAAUUCAUGUUUUGAUAGUUGAAGCAACAUACGGAGAUACCUAGCAUGAAACUAGAACAAAAAGAGAAGAAAACUUUUUGAAAGAAAUUGUCUCAACCCUAAAUGGUGGAGGAAAUGUACUGCUUCCUGUUUUCGCUACUGGGAGAUGCCAUGAGUUGUUGAUCAUCUUAGAUGAAUAUUGGUCCAAAAAUCCAUAAGUUCAAUAGUUUCCAAUUUAUAGCACUUGUACAUUAGCCAUUAAAUGUACACAUAUUUUUUAGAAACAUUUUAAUAAAUUAGGAAAUAAAUAUCAUAAAGGAGAAAAUCUAUUCAAAUUUAAUCAUAUCAAUACAAAGAAGCAUUUAUAAGAUAUUCUAAAUAAUCAAAAACCAAAGGUAGUAAUGGCAAGUCCAGGAUUACUUUAAUCAGGACAUUCAAAAUAAAUUUAUGAAUAUUGGUGUAAGGAUGAGAAGAAUUAAGUAAUAAUUACAGGUCCAGCAGUACAAGGGACUAUUGCUCAUCAAUUAAUACAUAAUCCAGAGCCAGAUAUCAAAAUUAGACCUGCUUAAAUAAGCUUUUCUGCUCAUGCUGAUUAUCUCCAAACUUCUUCAUUUAUAGAUUCAUUAAGACCAUAACAUGUUAUUCUAGUUCAUGGAACUUAACAUAAAUGCAGAGAUUUAUAAAAGAAGAUUGAAAUCAAUUUUAAGGAUAUCGUGGAAAAAGUAUGGGCACCAGAAAAUUAAAAAUAAGUGGAACUGAGUUUUUAAAGAAGCUCUGUUUCUUAAGCCGGAUGUAAAGCAAUAGGAGAAUUAGGAAAUUAGAUUGAAAAUUUUAUAAUCACUUUCUAAGAAAAGCAUAAUUAACAUAAAAUUGAUGAAGAGAUUGUCGAAUCAAUGGCUGAUUGCAUUUGUUGUUCUAAUGAUCUCUAUUUCAAUGGUGUGCUUUUGAAUACUGAGCAUGGUUUUAUGCUAGUUGAUGAAACUGACAAGGAAACCUUAUAACAGUAUGGCAUAGAAUAAAAUUAAAUUUAUAACCAAAUGUAUAUUCCUUUAUAGUGCUCUCUUGAAUAAGUAUUUAAUUAUGUGCAAGAAUUGAAUCCUGAGGCUCAAUUUCAUCCAGAUGAUAGUUUAAUAGUUGUUAAAGAUUUAGAAAUCAGAGUUCCUGUUUCAAGUGUCUUAUUGUAAUUUAAGUGGAUAUCCUCACCAAAAACUGAUGAUUUAGCUGAUUCAUUAGCAUUUUUCUUAAGUAAUGUCAAUUAAAAUAAAUUGAAUGAUGAAGAAUUGUUAAAAGAUAAACAAAAAGGAUUAAUAAAAGUACUCUAAAAGACUGAAUUUCAAACAGAGAUAAUAGAAAAUAAACUAAAUGUGAAAAACAAGAAUUAAGUUUUCAUAUAAGUUGAUUUAAAUACAUUGAAUCCUUCAGUUGUUGCUGAGGAAACUCAAGAAAACAAAAAUAUUAUCAAAAGAGCCUAAACAAUUAUUGAAUCAUAUUUGAGUUCAUAUUUAUGA